CUUCUCCUCAAACCACACCUUCACCUGCUUCUCUCGAUAUUCGUCAAUAUGGCGAAUAUGGGGUCCGCCGUGCCCAUGUUCCGGAGUCUAGCACCCCGGUUGGCACGCGACUUCUUCACGUGUCGACAGUGCCUCGCGACCCAACCUUUAAAUUUCGCGACCAAAUCGUUUCGCAAGAACUUCUCGACUGUUCCGUCGGCCUAUAAUGCUCGCCGGGUCAAUGCAACUAGCAUUCAAUCGUCUGCGAGACAGGCUUUCUCAUCAAGUGUCAAACGGUGGACAUCCGGAUCGGCAGUCGCCAAUGCGGUGGAAGAAGGUGCUUCAAAGGCAAAGUCGAGUUUCCCGCAGGUGACCGACAAGAAGGUCGCGUACUGGUUGCUUGGCAGCGCAGUUAGUGUUUUUGGUAUUGUGGUCUUUGGUGGACUUACCCGGUUAACAGAGUCUGGUCUGAGUAUCACAGAAUGGCGCCCCGUCACUGGUUCCCUCCCUCCCAUGAACGCCGAGGACUGGGAGUCCGAGUUUUCGAAAUAUCGAGACUCGCCAGAAUUCCAAUUGCUUAACCCGAAUAUGACGCUCUCCGAAUUCAAGUCGAUCUACUACAUGGAAUGGAUCCACCGCCUCUGGGGCCGGUUCGUCGGAAUGUCCUUCGUGCUCCCCGCUAUCUACUUCGUCGCGAGAAAACAAGUCAGCAAGCCGAUGGCAUUGCGUCUUGCUGGUAUUGCCGGUUUGAUCGGAUUCCAAGGUUUCCUGGGCUGGUGGAUGGUCAAGUCGGGUCUCAAGGACGAUCUCUUCGCGCCUGGUAGCCACCCCCGCGUGAGCCAGUAUCGACUGACGGCACAUCUCGGGGCGGCAUUCGUCUGCUACGUGACUAUGCUCUGGAACGGUCUGGCCAUUCUGCGGACCCAUCGACUCCUCGCUGAUCCGGAAGCCGGCAUCAAACUCCUGGACUCGCUGCGCAACCCCCAACUGAAGAUCUUCCGCCGAUCCGUCGCCGGACUGGCCGCUCUGGUCUUCACGACCGUCAUCUCCGGUGCCCUCGUCGCUGGCCUAGACGCCGGCCUCAUCUACAACGAAUUCCCCUACAUGGGCAACGGCCUCACCCCUCCCAAGUCCGAACUCUUCGACGAACGAUACUCCCGCCACGAAGACCGCUCCGACCUCUGGUGGAGAAACAUGCUCGAGAACCCGUCCCUAGUCCAGCUAGACCACCGCAUCCUCGCCAUGACCACCUUCUCCAGCAUCAUGGCCCUGUGGGGCUACACCCGCGGGUCAGCCACCAUGAAGCGCCUCCUGCCCCGGGCCGCCAAGAAGGGCGUGCACGGCGUCGUGGCCUUCGCAUUCAUGCAGGUCGGUCUGGGCAUUUCCACCCUGCUCUACCUCGUUCCUACGCCUCUCGCGUCGGCCCACCAGGCCGGCAGCUUGUUCCUGCUUACCUGGACGCUGGUGCUGGGGAGCCGCAUCUGGCAUCCGUCUCGCACGGCUAAGCUGCUUCAGAUGGCAGCCAAGGCCCGCAGCCAGGCUGUGUCGAGGGCUGCCGUGCAUGCUCACAAGGCGUAAUUGGAUAUUUGCUUGAUAAAUGGUCCGCGUUAGAGCGGGGCAACACUAUCAGUCGCAUGUCAUGCUUACGAAUGUUUGUAUCAUCUAUGUAUUUAUAAAUCUCUCCUUCUAGAAUGUAUACUAUGC